AUGGUCCGUCUUUCCAUCUUCGCUAUCGUUGCCGCUGUUAUCACAGGCGUUGUUGCGGAUACGAGAGCUUGCCAGUGUCUUUUCCAAGAUGGCUCCCACUGCUGUGUUAAUCUGAAGACCGGACCUUGCGAUGUCGGAUGCCGUACCUCGGGUAGAAAGGGAACGGCAUGCAAUGCUAAUGGCAAGUUUGUGGAAAUCAGCUGGUUUACUGGCGUUGGUCGCACCAAGUGUGACUUUUAA